AUGUCAACAUCUCCUUUCUCCUUACUAGAAAACAACAAAACAAACAAACAACCAUCCUCGAGCCAACUGGUCAACUUGAAUUCGAAAGCUCCUGUUGAAAUUCAUUGGCAAACACCAAAGCAAACAAUUGCUGGUCAAUCGUUUUGUCAACAUCGACCAACACGGACUAUUUCUAUUUUAUUCGAGGAUCCUUUGUUUCAAUUCACAAAAAAAACAUCUGUUGUGAAAGAUUCUAAAUCGCGAAAAUUAGAGUCUUGA